AUGAACAACUCCAACCAACUUGACCCUCGUCAGCAUCCUCUACAAGCCAUUGGCGCUGCUAUUGGUGCCGAAGCACAGGGAGAACGUCGGGCUCCUCGCUUGAGCCAUUUCCAAGGUGCCAAUGAGGGGCCAGCCGAUGUCAUCGCCAAGGUCUCGGGUGCACAGGGCGGAGGGAAGAGGGAAGAUGAUGGCCCUUACUUUACCAACAACGAAGGCAUUCCUUUCCCUGACCCAGCUCAUAGCAAGACUGUUGGGGGUUUGCCUCUCAUCAGCGAUACAUUCUUGUUGCAGAAGCAGCAGCAUUUCAACAGAUCCAAGAACCUAGAACGUAUGGUUCAUCCUUGCGGCUCUGGCGCUUUUGGUUACUUUGAAUGCACCCAAGAUGUCACCGAACUCACUAAAGCCAACUUCCUUUCUUCUGUCGGGGAAAAGACACCUGUCUUUGUCAGAUUCUCUACCGUCACUCUUGGAAGAGAGUUCCCAGACGAGGCUCGAAACCCUCGAGGCUUUGCCAUCAAAUUCUACACUAUGGAAGGGAAUUAUGACCUUGUCGGCCUCAACUUUCCCGUCUUCUUUUGCCGUGAUCCUAUUCAAGGACCAGAUGUCAUCCGCUCUCAGUACCGCAACCCGAGCAACUUCCUUCUAGAUCAUGACGCCCUCUUUGACCUUCUCGCCAACACCCCCGAGGCCAAUCAUGCCGGACUCAUGUUUUUCAGCGACCACGGAACUCCCCAAGGAUGGCGUUUCAACCAUGGCUACGGCUGCCACACGUUCAAAUGGGUCAACUCUGAUGGAGAGUUCGUUUACAUCAAGUACCACUUCAUCGCAAAGCAUGGUCAGAAGCAGUUUACCGACAGUGAGGCUAUGCAAAUGUGUGGUGAAGACCCGGAUUACUCCAAGAGGGAUCUCUGGGAGGCCAUUGAAAAGGGCGAGGAGAUUGAGUGGACAGCACAUGUUCAAGUCAUGGACCCCAGACAGGCAAACCCUGAUAAGCUCGGCUUCGAUCCUUUCGAUGUCACCAAGGUCUGGCCCAGAUCACAAUUCCCCAUGAAGGAAUUUGGAAGACUCGUGCUCAACAAGAACCCUGAGAACUUCCACAGAGACGUGGAGCAGGCUGCUUUCUCGCCCGGAAGCAUGGUCCCCGGUAUUGAAGACUCGCCCGACCCUCUUCUUCAGUUCCGCAUGUUCUUUUACCGCGAUGCUCAAUACCAUCGUAUCGGCGUCAACCUUCAUCAAAUACCUGUGAACUGUCCUUUUAUGGCCAAGUCCUACGCCUCGCUCAACUUUGACGGUCCUAUGCGCGUAGACGCCAACCACGCGGGCAAUAAGCAAUAUGCUCCAAACAGCUUUGCUCACAAGUUUAGACCUGAUACUGCCGAAGCUCCUUAUCAGGUCAAUGAUAAUGUUGUAAGUCGGGCGAGCCACUAUUGGCAUGAGGGUAAAAAGAACGACUACGACCAGGCCAAGGACCUUUGGACGAGAGUCAUGAGUGAUCAAGAGAAGAAGAACACUUGCUACAACACGGCCAAGGGUCUCAGACGUGUCAAGUAUCCCGAGAUCCAGAGCAAGUAUCUGGCGCAGGUAUACAACAUCUCGGAGGACUACGCGCAAGGGAUUUACAAUCUUCUGGAUAACCCUCAAUUCGAGUUCUCCAAGGUCAAGGAACUUGCUGAGACUGCGCAGGAAUGGUACAAGGAGCCAAAGUUCAGACCCGGCCCUGGCUCGAAGCUCACAGGAUACCCUCCUGAAGUACCAGUGUAUCAAGCAUGA